AUUCCUCCAGCUUUCAUUCUGCUGAGGUCCCUGAGGCAACAGGAGGUCUGGGCCUGCUCCAGCCCCGUCCUGUGGUGUUGCAGGGGAUGCAGGUCCGGAGGGUGCCCUUGGAAAUACCUGAGUUUGACCUGCUGGACCAAGAUUCACUGCACGAGUCCCAGGAGCAGACCCUCAUGGAAGAGGCGCCUCCACGGCCCCAGCACAGCUAUAAGUACUGGCUCCUCCCUGGUCGCUGGACCCCUGUGCGUUAUGAGAGGCUGGCCCUGCUGGCCCUGCUGGACCGGACUCGGGGGGUGCUGGAGAACAUCUUCGUGGUCUGGUUGGGCAGUCUGGUGGCCUUCCUGGGCUACCUGCUCCUCCUGAAAGGCUUCUUCAGGGACAUUUGGGUCUUCCAGUUCUGCCUGGUUAUUGCCUCCUGCCAGUACUCUCUGCUCAAGAGUGUCCAGCCUGAUGCUGCCUCUCCCAUGCACGGUCACAACUGGGUGAUCGCAUACAGCCGACCCGUCUACUUCUGCUGCUUCUGCCUUCUCAUCUGGCUGCUGGAUGCCCUGGGCUCAGCCCUGCCCUUCCCUCCUGUCUCCCUCUAUGGCCUCACCCUCUUCUCUGCCCCCUUCUUCUUUUGUGCCCGAGAUGUCGCCACUGUCUUUACCUUGUGCUUUCCCGUCGUCUUCCUCCUGGGCCUCCUGCCCCAAGUCAACACCUGCCUCAUGUACCUGCUCGAGCAGAUUGACAUGCACGGCUUUGGGGGCACAGCAACCACCAGCCCCCUCACUGCUCUAUACAGCCUCCUCCGAAGCCUCCUGGCAGCUGCACUGCUCUAUGGCUUCUGCCUUGGGGCUAUUAAGGCUCCCUGGCCAGAUCAGCACGUGCCUGUCCUCUUCUCUGUCUUCUGUGGCCUCCUGAUGGCGAUAUCAUACCACCUCAGCCGCCAGAGCAGUGACCCCGCCGUCCUCUGGUCUCUGAUCCGCACCAAGCUUUUCCCUGACCUAGAAGAGCGGAACCUAGAGACCCCACGUGCAGAAGCCCCAGACCCACUGCCUGGCAAACUGAGGCAGUCUGUGCGGGACAUUUUGCACUCAGACCUUGUGAUGUGCCCGGUGAUUGCUGUGCUUAGCUUUGCCAUCAGUGCCAGCACUGUCUUCAUUGCCCUCAAGUCUGUCCUGGGUUUUGUCCUCUAUGCCCUGGCUGGCCUGGUGGGCUUCCUCACCCAUUACCUCCUGCCUCAACUCCGCAAGCAGCUUCCCUGGUUCUGCCUCUCUCAGCCCGUGCUCAAGUCCCAGGAGUACAGUCAGUUUGAAGUGCGCAGCGCAGCCCAGCUGAUGUGGUUUGAGAAGCUGUAUGCGUGGCUGCAAUGCGUGGAGAAGUACCUCAUCUACCCGGCUGUGGUGCUCAAUGCCCUCACUGGUGAUGCCCACGCCGUCAGUGGCCGCCCGGACAAGUUCUGCCUCUACUGUCGGGCCCUCCUGAUGACAGUGGCCGGCCUGAAGCUCCUGCGCUCAGCUUUCUGCUGCCCCCCUCAGCAGUACCUGACUUUGGCCUUCACAGUCCUGCUCUUCCAUUUCGACUAUCCUCGCCUCUCCCAGGGCUUCCUGCUGGACUACUUCCUCAUGUCCCUGCUUUGCAGCAAGCUAUGGGACUUACUGUACAAACUCCGCUUCGUGCUCACCUACAUUGCCCCUUGGCAAAUCACCUGGGGCUCGGCCUUCCAUGCCUUUGCGCAGCCCUUUGCUGUGCCCCACUCUGCCAUGCUGUUCGUGCAGGCCCUGCUCUCUGCCCUCUUUUCCACUCCUCUGAACCCUCUGCUGGGCAGUGCCGUCUUUCUCAUGUCCUAUGCUCGACCCCUCAAGUUUUGGGAACGAGACUACAACACUAAACGUGUGGAUCACUCCAACACCCGCUUGUCCACCCAGCUGGAUCGGAACCCCGGCGCCGAUGACAAUAACCUCAACUCCAUCUUCUACGAGCAUCUGACGCGCUCCCUGCAGCACACGCUAUGUGGAGACCUGGCCCUUGGCCGCUGGGGCAACUACAGCCCUGGGGACUGCUUCAUCCUGGCCUCUGACUACCUCAAUGCCCUGGUGCACCUCAUUGAGGUCGGCAACGGCCUUGUCACUUUCCAGCUGCGGGGCCUGGAGUUCCGGGGGACCUACUGCCAACAGCGGGAGGUGGAGGCCAUCACUGAGGGUGUGGAAGAAGAUGAGGGCUGCUGCUGCUGCGAGCCGGGCCACCUGCCCCGGGUGCUGUCCUUCAACGCUGCCUUUGGGCAGCGCUGGCUGGCCUGGGAAGUGACCGCCAGCAAGUACGUGCUGGAAGGUUAUAGCAUCAGCGACAACAACGCGGCCUCCAUGUUGCAGGUGUUCGACCUGAGAAAGAUCCUUAUCACCUACUACGUCAAGAGCAUCAUCUACUAUGUGAGCCGUUCUCCCAAGCUAGAGGCCUGGCUGAGCCACGAGGGCAUUGGGGCAGCCCUUCGGCCUGUGCGUGCUCCCGGCUACGCCGACUCGGACCCCACCUUCUCCCUGAGCGUGGACGAGGACUAUGACCUGCGCCUGGCCGGCCUCUCACUGCCUGCCUUCUGUGCAGUCCACCUCGAUUGGAUCCAAUACUGUGCCUCAAGGAGGGGCCAGCCCAUGGAGCACGACUGGAACUCUCCUCUCGUCACCCUGUGCUUCGGGCUGUGUGUCCUGGGCCGCCGGGCUCUGGGGACGGCCUCCCACAGCAUGGCAGCCAGCCUGGAGCCCUUCCUCUACGGGCUGCACGCCCUGUUCAAGGGCGACUUUCGCAUCACGUCCCCGCGGGACGAGUGGGUCUUUGCCGACAUGGACCUCCUGCACCGCGUGGUGGCCCCAGGGGUGCGGAUGGCCCUCAAGCUCCACCAGGACCACUUCACGUCCCCCGACGAGUACGAGGAGCCCGCCGUGCUCUACGACGCCAUCGCGGCCAAUGAGGAGCGCCUGGUGAUCUCCCACGAGGGCGACCCCGCCUGGCGCAGUGCCAUCCUCAGCAACACGCCGGCCCUGCUGGCCCUGCGCCACGUCAUGGACGAUGCCUCGGACGAGUACAAGAUCAUCAUGCUCAACCGGCGGCACCUCAGCUUCCGCGUCAUCAAGGUGAACCGGGAGUGUGUGCGGGGUCUGUGGGCCGGCCAGCAGCAGGAGCUCGUGUUCCUCCGAAACCGGAACCCAGAACGCGGCAGCAUCCAGAACGCCAAGCAGGCCCUCCGGAACAUGAUCAAUUCCUCCUGCGACCAGCCUCUGGGCUACCCCAUCUACGUGUCUCCUCUCACCACCUCCUUCGCCGGCAGCCACCCCCAGCUCCGUGCCCUGUGGGGGGGUCCGGUCAGCCUCGGGGCCAUCGCCCGCUGGCUCCUGCGCAGCUGGGAGAGGCUUCAGAAGGGCUGCGGGGCCGGCUGCAACAGCGGCGGGAACGUGGACGACUCCGACUGUGGGGGUGGCUCCUCGGUCAGCAAUAACCCUCCGGCCCCCCACCCCACCCCUGAGACCCCUGCCGCCCGAGAGCAGCCCUUCCCCCUGGGCCUGGGCCUGGGCUGGACGCUGCGACCCUCCCUGAGUGGGGCUGGCGACGGCUUCUCUUCACGAAGACGGAGAGAGGGUGGGCCCCCCUCUUUGCAGUGGCCCCCGCCCAUGGGCGCACCCCGGCUCCCAGGACCAGCCCCUUCCCCUGUGCCUGCCUCGCCUGCCCCCCCUGAAGGCCCCCAGCCGCCCCCAGCAGGCACACCUGCCCCCUUUGGCUACGAGGGCCCGAGCGGCAAGUGGAGCUUGGGGGGCAGGAAGGGUCUGGGGGGGUCCGACGGGGAAGCGGCCUCAGGGAGCCCCAAAGGCGGGCCUCUCCGAUCUCAGGCGCCCGGCACCUCCCCCUUGGACCUCGGCCUCGGCCCAGAUGUCGGCUCGGACGCUUCCCUGCCUGGCCCUGCCCAGGAUCCUUCUCUCUUGGCCAGACCCUCUGAAGCUGGGACCCCCGGAGGUGGGGGCAACUGGCUGGCCCCCCCCGAGGAGCGGGAGAGCCCGGCGGCCCAGCCUUUACUGGAACAUCAAUACUGACCAGUCCAGACCCUGAUGGGCCCGAGUGACUGAGCGCUCGGGGUCCAGCUCGGCCUCCGCCUGCCUCAACUCGCCAAACCGAUGGGCUGGUCCCGUUCAGAGCUCUGGAGCCAGGGGGCAGGGCCCUCUUUGCCGGGGGCCAGGCCUCGGGACUCGGGGGGGCCUCGCUCCCCCAGGAUAGAGCCGGGGCUCGGCCCGGGACGGGCAGCCAGUGCCUCCGGGAGAUGUGAGCCCCCAUCCCGCCUCCAGGGGCCCCCGGAGCUUGGGCCUGAGCUGGGGAAGAAGGGAGAGGGGGGAGGGGUCCUUUUUGGGUUUUUUGUUUUUUUUUUUUUUCUGCUUCUGAGACACCAGAAUUAAUAACACUAUUUUUGAU